GACUCAAUCAACGACGGAGUCGCAUUAAAAUUUAUAUCAGUUGGUUUGGAAAGGGCUACAGUUUUGUAGUAUCUAGAAAAAAUGAUACUUGCCAGGAAUUCGCGGAGUUUCCUUUAUACAAAUCAAUCGUCUGUCGUGGGAGGCUUUCAUGAAUUAUUCUGGAGAUGGAGUUCAUUGGAGAAGACUUCUAAGAAAUACCACACUCACUCCUCUCGACACAAUUCGUUCUCAAAAUGUAUUCAUCAACAAUCGAGAAAACGCAGCAGCUUAUCCAAAGCUUCUCCUUCAAAACCAACCAGCGCCAUUGAAUCAACAAAUACACCCAUAGAUACCCCAUUGGAAGCUCUCAGCAACCCCCCAGAACUCAAACAACUCGCCUUAGAUGUCCGUCAAGUAAUGCGCAAUGUACCACAUUCUGUCGUGAUCCUCACCACUCCAAAUCUUAAUGCAAACUCCGGAGAACCCUCAAUAGCAGCAGCAGCUAUGACUUUAUCCUCCUUUACUACCCUUACACUCUCACCAGAACCUAUCAUCACAUUCAACAUCAAGCGUCCUUCCAGAACACUCGAUGCGCUCAAAGCGCUAUACCCCGCUGGGUCUGCAUCAUCAUCCGCAAAAGAUAACCCCGAUAGGUGGUUUCACAUCCACAUUUUAGAAGCCAACGCAUCAGGUGCUCAACUUGCCAAUUAUUUUUCUCGCGGUGGACCUAUGCUUCCUGAGGAUCACAAGUUGGUGUAUUCUCCCGGUACAGUUUCAGGUGUAACCACUAGAGGUAUAAGACAGACCUUUCAAUGCGAAAUGCUGAGGAAUCAUGAAAAUAGUGGGUUUCUCGAUGUUGGGGAUCAUACGUUGGUUUUUGGGAAGGUGAUGAGGAUUGGAUUUGGGGAGGCAGCGGAAAAAGUGAAGGGGCGGAAAAAGGACUGGAGGGGGUUGUGUUACAUGCAGGGGAAAUAUCAAAUUACAACUCCUUUGUUGCAUGCUGAUAAGAAGAAGGAUCAAACUGUACAAGGUAAUGGAAUUGAAGGUAGAGCAAGUUUGACGGAGAGGAAAAUAUAGAGUUUGUACUGGACAGAAUCUUGGAGAGUCAAGAAAAGAAUUUGGUGUCAUGAGCACCGGUUCGUGGUAUGUAUAAAGAAUCUCAUGUUUUCAUUUGUAAAGUUUGCUAUCAGGAUGAAUUGUAUUUUAUUGUACUAUAUUUGGUAUCUACGCGUCGAAACUCCCGCAAACCCACAAUAAAGUACCUAAGUAGGCCAUGCCCA